AGUCGCUGCGACGCUUGGCUCACUCACCCAAAAGCCUGGAAAGCAUUUUCUCGCCGUGUAUCGGCCGGCGAAAUGCCCGAGUGAGUAAGACAAGGACAGCGCGAUCGAUCGUUCAUCCUUGUCAAACUGACCUGACCCAACCUUCCUGCUCUUGCGCUCGCGCGCACGGCAUUGGUUCACAGUUUCGCCGCACGAGGCCCUCAAAGUCAACUCUGGAUUUGCCUCUGGCUCCUGCAGACCCUUAAGAACGUACGGAGAAAAUAGUGAAGAUAGUGAAUUGAUAAUCGAUGUACUUUAUUUAACAUAAAAUGAACGUUGUUACCGCCUUAAAGUUUUAUGUGUCUAAAAUGACAGAGGAUAGUGGUCCUGGUAUGAAAGUUCUGUUAAUGGAUAAACAAACGGUAAAAAUGACGAGUAUAAUCAGCUUACUAUAUAGUCAGUCUGAAAUAUUGAUGAAAGAAGUAUAUUUAUUUGAACGAAUAGAUACCGCUGUACAUAAUGAUACUUUAAAAUACUUAACAUGCCUAGUGUUUAUAAGGCCAACAAAGGAAAACAUCGAUUUGCUUUGUAAAGAACUUAGAUAUCCCAAGUAUGGAGUAUAUUAUAUUUAUUUCAGUAAUAUUAUUGCAAAAGCAGAUAUAAAACUUUUGUCAGAAAGCGAUGAACAAGAAAUAGUCAGAGAAGUACAUGAAUAUUAUGCGGAUUAUCUAGCAAUUAGUCCACAUUUAUUUUCACUUGGUAUAAAUGCAUGCUCAGAAGGAUUAACAUGGAAUCCAGUGCAUUUACAUAGAACUGUCCAAGGAAUAACUUCUGUUUUACUAUCGUUAAAAAAAUGUCCAUAUAUUAGAUAUCAAAAUAGUUCUGAUAUGGCUAAGAGAUUAGCAGAGAAAAUAAGGGAAGUGCUUAGUAAAGAAUCUAAUUCCUUUGAAUUCAGACAGGAAUCUAAUCCUAUCCUUCUAAUAGUUGACAGAAGAGAUGAUCCUGUUACACCUUUAUUAAAUCAAUGGACAUAUCAAGCAAUGGUACACGAGUUAUUGACAAUUAAUAAUAAUCGUGUUAAUUUAUCUCAUGUAAAAGGCAUCUCAAAAGAAUUAAAAGAAGUUGUUCUGAGUGCGGAACACGAUGAUUUUUAUGCGAAUAACCUGUAUCUGAAUUUUGGGGAAAUUGGACAAACAAUAAAAGAACUGAUGGAUGAGUUCCAAAAGAAAGCAAAGAAGCACCAAAAAGUUGAAAGUAUAGCCGAUAUGAAACACUUUGUAGAAACAUAUCCACUCUUUAAGAAACUUUCUGGUACUGUAUCAAAACAUGUUACAGUAGUUGGAGAGCUUUCAUCCGUUGUUGAAAAGCAUAAUUUGUUAGAAGUAUCUGAAUUGGAGCAAGAACUGAGUUGCCAAGCUGAUCAUUCAUCACAGUUACAGAAAAUAAAAACGCUUAUCAAUAAUCAAAAAGUACGAGAUAUUGAUACUGUUAGACUUGUGAUGCUCUAUGCACUUCAUUAUGAAAAACAUGCAAACAAUGAUAUUAAUGGUUUGAUAGAAUUACUUAAGAAAAGAAGUGUUUCGGACAAAUAUAUCAAGGUAAUUGUGAUAAUUAUUAUUUUAUAGAAUAGUUAAUUAAAA